AUGGAUGAAAUUGCUGACGCGGCAGAGCUACGCAAAGUCUUUGACGAUGGUCACGCUAGGAGCUCCACUAGAUGCUUCAGAUGCAAGACCAAGAGACUAAAAUGUCGAUACGAGUUUCCGACUUGCCACAACUGUGAAAAAGAGGGUCAUGUAUGCUUUGCUUGGAUUAAAGGACUGAACAAGCCUGUUCCACGAAGUCUGGCAUUGUAUCUUGAAAACAGGGUUGCAGAGCUGGAAAUCAAACUGGCAGAGUUAUCUGUGAACCAGAUUUUGGACAGGUCUGAAGAACAGGCUCUGACAUUUUCCAAAUACGUAGCAGCACCGUUCAUUGACGCCUUUGAGCAGUCUGAAUGCGACAGAGGAGUUGUCAACUUUCCGUUUCUUUACUUCCGUUCAAGCAGUUUACCGGCUCCCUUCGACUCGAUGUUGGAUAAUUCGGAAAGAGGGAACAUGAAACGAUUUGUCGAGGAACAUCCGCCGGUGGAUCUUUAUAGUAUUCCCGCCGAUGUCGUACAGAUCUUGAUGCAUAACUAUACCAACUAUCAUCAGCCACAAUACCCUAUCUUAUCCAGAUUGGAACUCAAACAAAUAGAGUCAAGGGUCUUCGAGUCCCGAGGCUCAGCCAAUUCGUACGAUUACGCAGCAAUUUCAAUUGCUCUAGCAAUUUCGGCGGCUACUCUGACGCACAAAGGGGAAAAGAAAAGCUUAUCGUCCUCAAGCGUUCUCUUUUCCCAAGCCAUCAUUCAGCUCACGCAUACAGUCUGGGAGAGCAAAUUAAAAAAGCUCCAAAUAACCUUACUGAUUGCUCAUUAUGCUUUUGCAAACCCAUACGCAGCUGAUAUUUGGUACACUGUUAGAGAAUGCCUUAGACUCUGUCUUGACCUUGGCUUGCAUAGGGAGGUGCAAAUGGAAACAAGUACCAUGAGAGACAUAGAUAUCCGACGUAGGCUCUUUCUAGUCACUACGUCUAUGGCUCGGCAUUUGAGCUCAGUCCUGCGAAUUGCGUUUCCAAUCCCAGACAAUCUCAUUUCAGUAGAGAAACCGGCUACAGUGGACGAUUCUUUCAUCACAGAAAAGGGAAUUGAUCUCUCUGGUCCUCAAACAAAAGCUGCCGCUCUUCACUUUUAUCAGUUCAGACUUUAUGAGACGGAAGUUCAUGAAGUCCUUUGGCUCAAUAAGGAGCUUAAUAUUGAUACCGAAGAGUGGCUAGAUGAAAUGGAAAGCAAAGUCGAAAAAUGGUAUUUGAAAGCAGAAGAGUUUGCCAAACUCAAUCAACUAAGGUUCAGGCUUAUUUGCAAAGCCUCUCUUCAAACUCGUCUACGUAGACGUUCCCCUCGAAUCACAAACCCACCACGUCCGUCAUAUGUGAAACUGGUAAAUUCCCUUGUUUUGCUGAUAGAUGAAUACUUGAGGGACUCCAGGAGCGGUCAAGUUUUCUAUCUUCUAAUGGGAGUCUACUAUAUUGAGGAAGCUGCUGUGAAUCUGGCAGAUGUUAUCUGGACGCAAGGUGACUGGAUACUGGAUUUUUUCACACCUGAUUUUCUUGAUUCUAAGUUCAAAGGAUGUAUUGACUUACUUCUUCGGUUUAGUGAACGUUGGCCCGACAUUACUCGUGGGAAGAUGAUUCAGACCUUAACAGACAUAUAUCUCAAGGCGUCCAAACGAUUAUUUGCAAUUGCCAAAAAUAGGUCAAAUAUUAAAGCUCUUCAAAAGGACGCAGAAGUGUCAGCCCAAAUUGAGCAAUUACUGUUUCCCCAGAAUGACGUUCUAGCCCCUGAAGCAAGUUUGCAAUUUUCAGAAAAUAAAGCCAGCAGUGUUUUAGACUCUGGAUCUAUGCCAGGUCUUCUCUCAAUCAGCAAGCAAUCAAGCUGGACUGACAAUUUCAAUGUUGAUGGGUUAUUAAACCUAGAAGAGUAUGUUGGCUUACAGGAUUGGGUUUGA